AUGUGGUGGUGGGGUGCCAAGACAACGGCUGGAUGGACGCCGACGGCGUGGCGAAGUGGCUUGACGGGUGUAUCAAGCCUUUCAUAAGGCCAAGCUUCGGCAUGCAGGCGAGGAGCGCGAUGCUCGUUUUGGAUUCGUACCGCGGGCAUCUCACGGACGAGGUUAAGAAGAAGUUCGACGAGCUCAACAUCGUCCCGGCAAUCAUCCCGGCAGGCUGUACGUCGGAGGUACAGCCGCUCGACGUCUCGGUCAACAAAAGUUUCAAAGCCUCCGUCCGCCAGCAGUACCAGAGCUGGUUUGAGGAGGAAGGCUUGGAGAGGCUGACACCAGCAG